AUGCCCGCAUCAAACUCACAAUGUCUAAACCUCUGCGGCUUCGAUGCCAGCAAGAAAGUCGCACUAUCUUCUCUUCCUGCCGAGAUUCUCCUCAUGUUCAUCAGGCUGCUAUCCCCACGGGAUAUUCGCAGCCUAUCAUUGUGCAGUAAGAGGUGGCGGAUUUUCACUCUACCAAGUGUAUAUUGCCAUAUUACGCUGUACUUCUCGAGUAAAAGUCUGAACAAUUUUCAGUCACUAAUAGCUUCGUCGCACGGGCAACACAUUCGGCAUAUCACCUACGUCGCCCCCUUCCUCACCAAGCCAAAAACUAGCGUGAACUCAAUUUUUCCGCAUCCACGGACGUUAUGGUCCCAAUGCCCAAGUUAUCUUCACCUCACAGAGCAGCACCAAGCCCAACUGUCUGCUGGUAUUGAGGUUGCUUUACAAAAGGCGGCUCUGUCAUUCCCCAGCAUAGACUCAUUUUCAAUGAGGCUGGAGCUAUUGUAUAUCCCGUUUUGCCGUCGGUUUGACACUGAUAUCUUGUUUUCAGAAUCCAUCGCGCAGCAUCUACGGUCGGUCCUGCCUAUGCUGAGUAGUCGCAAUCCCCCAUUUGGAGAACUUGAUUUGGACGUAUUCCUCUCCGAUAAUACCAAGAUUGACUCAGUCGAUCCUUAUGACACAAUAUUUCAAGGAUUGGAAAAUAUUUUCAACCAAACUAAAACACUUCGACUGCGGGGCCAAAGUCGAUUUUGGGAACCCAUACUGGAUCGUGUCAGCUUGCGGUCGGUGACUUUGCUUGAAUUGAAUGAUUGCACAUUUACCUUUCGAGCACUGAUAGACUUCCUAAACCGUAUCAAGCAGCGGCCGAUGACAGUCAAGCUAGACGCAGUUCAUGUUCUUUCAAUUGUAAACCUGGGCAGUGAGAAGAUAUUGGGUUCACCAUCUGAGGUUCACAGAAAAUUGCAUCUAGAUCUUCAACAAGUACUAAUGUCGAAAAAUCAGAAAGAAGAGUACGUCUCACUCUAA